CAAACUUAUCAAUUUUUCUGAAAUUUUUCGAGUUUUUCGUGAUUUUUUGUAGUUUUUAAGGAUGUUAGUGGUUUAAAAGUGGAAUUUUGUGCAGAUUAAAGUGUAGAUUAGUAAAGUUUCAAAGUGAUAAGAGUGAAAAACGAGAUUAAAAAAUGGGUUCCGAGCAAUCUCAACAACAAGCAACAACGGGUCAAAUUCCCCAAAAUGCGAUUCCAGGACGGCAAAUUCGGCCUAAUCCAAAUUAUCCGCAGAGACUUCAGCGAGGCAAUACGAUCGCUACGCCACAGAGAUCGAUGCAGGGACAAAAUGACGAAGGCGGAGUGAAUUCGCCGUCGGAAUCUCGUCCCGUAUCGCCUCCCAUGAGCAUUUGUUCGGACUCGGAUUUGCCCUACAUAUCAUACACCGAUAAGCCCAUCGGAGACUCACCGAAACUCCGCAACAAAGGUCAAAACAGCGGCAAAUCCGUGCGACCAAAUAGCGUCAUUGUCGGCGGAUCCAGCAACAAGCAAUCAAUCAGUGGUUUCAAGAGCAAAGUACGACCAAACACCGCUCACAACAUCGUCGUCGUAAAGGCAGCUGCCAAGCAAGAGAGUCUCGACAAAGAUCCCGACAUUGUUCGACUGCAGAACAUUCCUCAAUUCUUACCUGUGAUGCGUGGAACACUUUCUCUUCCAGCAAAUCGUGAUCCAGAGGUAUUGGAACGUUUGCAGCCGUUACAUAUGAAUGUCAUGUGCAGUCGCUUGCAAUCUCACUUCAACGUAUGCGCCAACAAAGUUGCCUCGGAUCAACAACAAAUUAACGACACGAUCAAAGAAAUCGACAAAGCGAUUCAGGAACAGCACCUGCAACUCGUAGAACGCCAAAAAGCAUACUCGCAAUAUGCUGAAACGUUCAACAAAGUUCGUCAAAUAUCGCAGCAGCUAUCGCGAUGCAAUACAAUGCUCAACGAAACAAUUGAAAGCAUGGAAACUUUAAAUAACUUCUUGCCAGUGGAACAUCGAUUGGAGCCUUUUGUGUGGAAAACUGGCUAAAAAAAAUAACUAAUUCAAUUUUUUGUGCUUUUCUACCCUUUUAGCUCGUGAAAAUUUAUUUUAUCCAUGCAAUUUAUUCCAAAAUUCAAAAAUAUAGUUAUGUGAUAUGCGCCAUAAUAAAUAAACAAAGACCAUUUGAA